AUGAACAGUUUUAUUCGCUCGAAACCCGCCCAACAACUAGCCAUGUUGAAAUUCAAAAAGAUGAAGAAUACAGUCCACGCGCCGGUAAUUAACCGGGAAAAGGAAAUUAACUUGCAUACUACGCAUGGAUGUUUGAGGAAUUUGCUUAUACUCGGAAAAAUCUCGUUAGUUUUUCCCGUGGAAGGAAUAGAAGGCAAGGAUCCCGGUAAAAUACAAUUCAAAUUCAUCUCUUUGAAAACUUUUCUAAGCGUUAUAUUUCUAAUAAGUACAUCUACGUGCUUUUUAUUAUCCAUUGUGAAAAGCCUUACCAGUAGAAACACAAUGCAGAGAUUAAUAUCUCCUCUAUAUUAUUGCCAUAUCGCAAGCGUGGCAUUCUUGAAUUUGCACUUAUCGCGGAAAUGGAAGAGAUAUGUAACGACCAUACACGCAGCAGAGUUGAAUUUUCUCAAGAAUUACAAACCGGAUAAAAAAUUAAAGAGGAAAAUCCACGCGACGAUCGCCAUUGUGAUUUUAGUUGGAUUGUGUCAGUAUUCUAUAACUGAAGCUAAUUUCGCCAUUUCACACGACUGCUUGAACGAAGGUGCAGGAUUCGAGCAAUUAAUUAGAAAACAAUAUCAUUAUAUUUACGAUUAUAUCAAUUACAACGUCUUCAAUGGAGUUUUUUUAUUGAUUCUCAGUUUUGCCUCGACUCUAGCAUGGAAUUUCGGUGAUCUGGUAAUCAUUACAAUAAGUAUAAUAUACACGAGCAGAUUCAACCAAAUUGUGGAUAAAAUUAAAUGGUACACAUCCUACAAAAACCGCAAUGCUUCGAUUUUUUCGAAAGAAAUAGAGAAAUUGCACGAUACAUUUUGGCGGGAUUCGAGACGGGACUACGCUCGAAUGCAGCUACUUUGUUCGACGACGAGCGACUUAUUCGGCAUACUAACUCUCAUUACGUACAGUUUUAAUACGAUGUUUAUUCUAAUCCAGCUCUUCGUCAGCUUGAGGCCGCGUGAAUAUUUAAUCGAAAUAUUGUACUUCAUUUCCUCGUUUUCGUUUGUAGUAGGUAGAGCUGUCAUGAGCUCAAUAUAUGGCGGUUGGUUGUACGAGGCUGGAAGAGCCGCCUUACCCAUUAUAAAUGCCGUUCCAACGGAAAUGUAUACAGAGGAGGCGUCCACUUUUAUCAGCCAAAUACAAAUGAGCAGCCCCUAUCUCACCGGACGUAAAUUCUUCACCAUCACCAAGGGAAUAAUUUUAAGCAUUGCUGCAUCGAUUAUAACAUUCGAGCUCGGUUUAAUUCAGUUCAAUCAAUCGGAGAUUGAGCGAUAUUUGAGUACUUCUAAUGUUACUAUUUGUUACUAAAAAAAUCAUUUUAAAUAAUAAUAAUACGC